AUGGCUGAGGGCAACCGUCCCCCGCUCCCUUCCUUUUCUUCCCAAACUUCGCUCUCUGACCAGGCCGACCCAUUUGCUGACCACCACGUCAACUUCCUGGAGCCCCCACGUCCCUAUGAGAGCACCGUGUCGCUGCCGCAGGAGUUCGGUGGCAUGGGAGGGAGUAACUACGAUGAAGACGACAUAGAGAAGCUCCCACUCACCGCCAACCAGGGCUUUUACCCGCCUAGCCCCAUAGAUCCCAGCGCGUAUGGAGAUCCGUAUGAGCGCCCGUUGUCGACCGUGUCCACCUCCUCUUCUGGAGUUGAUUCCGCAUGGAGACGGCGGCAGACGAUCAAGCGCGGCGUAACGCGCAAGGUUAAGCUCACCAAGGGUAACUUCAUCACCGAGUACGCCGUUCCGACACCCGUGUAUAGUGCCAUUGAGGCCAAGUGGGUGAACACCAAUACGACGGAGUUCUCGCACAUGCGAUACACUGCGGCCACAUGUGACCCGGAUGACUUCACGGAAGCUAAUGGUUACUCUCUCCGCACGAAGAUAUACAACCGCCAGACGGAACUGCUCAUUGCCGUCACCUCGUACAACGAGGACAAGAUCCUGUACGCUCGUACUCUCCAUGGUGUCAUGUUGAACAUCCGCGAUAUCUGCAAGACUAAGCAGUCGAAGUACUGGCGCCGCACGGCGGAGGAGGGUGUGCCUGGUUGGCAGAAGAUCACUGUCGCACUCAUAAUUGAUGGUCUGGAACCCAUGGAUAAGACAGUUCUAGAUAUUCUUGCCACAGUCGGUGUAUACCAAGAUGGUGUGAUGAAAAAGCAAGUCGAUGGGAAGGAUACCGUGGCUCACAUUUUCGAGUAUACCACCCAACUGUCAGUAGACCACACCCCGCAGUUGGUGCUUCCUCAUGGCGACGAUCCCAACAAUCUUGUGCCCGUUCAGAUUAUUCUCGUCAUCAAGGCAAAAAAUCAAAAGAAGAUCAAUUCUCACCGUUGGCUCUUCAAUGCGAUCGGCAGAUUGUUGGAGCCCGAAAUUUGUGUCCUGAUAGAUGCAGGUACCAAGCCCGGUCAUAAGUCUAUCUACUACUUGUGGGAAGCCUUCUACAACGAUGUUCAUUUGGGAGGCUGCUGUGGUGAAAUCCACGCCAUGCUUGAGGGUGGCAAGAAACUGCUCAAUCCUUUGGUCGCUGCGCAGAACUUUGAAUACAAGAUGUCGAACAUCUUAGAUAAACCUUUAGAGAGCACUUUUGGAUAUGUGUCCGUGUUGCCUGGUGCAUUCUCCGCAUACCGAUACCGCGCAAUUCUUGGGCGCCCAAUGGAGCAGUACUUCCAUGGUGAUCACUCUUUGGCGGACCGCUUGGGCCCGAAGGGUAUCUAUGGGAUGAACAUCUUCACGAAGAACAUGUUCCUGGCCGAGGAUCGUAUACUUUGUUUCGAGAUUGUUGCGAAGGCAAACGAGCGGUGGACGCUGACAUACGUCAAGCCUAGUAAGGCUGAGACGGAUGUCCCGGAGUCCGCUGCCGAGCUUAUCGGUCAGCGCCGUCGUUGGUUGAACGGUUCGUUCGCUGCAUCAGUGUACUCCCUCGUCAACUUCUUCAAGAUGUACAAGUCAAGCCACGGUAUCAUCCGCAUGUUCUUCUUCCAUGUACAAGCUUUCUACAACAUCUUUACCCUGUUCUUCUCAUGGUUUGCUCUUGCCAACAUGUGGCUGACAUUCAGCAUCGUCAUCGAUCUCCUUCCUGAUGGUGGAGUCAAUACUUUUGGUACAGCGGCCGUUACGUAUUGGAUCAAUGACAUCUUCAAAUGGAUUUACCUCGCAUUCCUUGCACUCCAGUUUGUGCUGGCUCUUGGUAACCGACCAAAGGGAGAACGAGUGACAUACGUAGCCACAUUCUGGGUGUUCGCCUUCAUGGCUGUGUACCUAUUGGUCUGCGCCUUCUGGUUGACUAUCAGGGCGUUCCUGGCGGUCCCUGCGAUGCUGAAGAACAAAACGACACUCCAGAUUGUCGCUACGUUCUUCGUGCCUCCAGUUGGAUCUCUGGUUGCUGCCCUGGUUUCUACUUAUGGCAUUUACAUGGCCUCCUCGUUCCUCUAUCGCGACCCAUGGCAUAUGUUCACGAGUUUCCCACAAUACUUGUGUAUUGCACCUAGCUUCACGAACGUGCUGAACGUGUACGCAUUCUGCAACCUUCACGACGUAUCAUGGGGAACCAAGGGUAGCGACAAAGCGGAGGCUCUGCCAUCGGUUUCGUCCAAGAAGCCAAAGGAUGCUGAUGCACCAGUCGUUGAGGAUACGUUGCGGAACAAAGAGGAUCUCGACGCCCACUUCAAGGAGACCGUGACGCGUGCCGUGACGAAGCUCGAUAUUAAGGAGGCCGUUGAGAAGCCAACGCUGGACGACCAGAACAAGACGUUCCGCACGCGUCUCGUUGCGUGCUGGAUGCUCAGCAACGCUGGGCUGUCUGUCGCGAUCUCGAAUUUGAACGGCUUGCCUACCGGUAAUGAGACACUGGACAACGAGCAUUUGCGCACAAAACAGAACAUUUACUUCGCAAUUAUCCUUUACUCGACCUUCGGUCUUGCGAUGACGCGGUUCGUAGGGUGCCUGUUCUACUUCUUCAAGCGCAACCUCUUCCGGUGUUGCCGACGGAAUUGA